AUGAGUGAAGAUUUCAACACAGCUGCAGCUGAGCCUGCGCAGAGGCAGGUUCGAGUGCAGCUCGUCAGCCAGCAGGAGGAUAUUGCUCUGCCUGAAAGCACCGGCCCAAUUCUGGUUCCCACUGGUCUUCGCCGAUAUGCGCUGUCGACAUUGGUCAACAACCUUCUCUCCAGCGAGAAGCCCAUUCCUUUUGAGUUUUUGAUCAAUGGACAAUUUUUGCGAACUUCUAUCGAUGAAUAUCUGGUUGACAAUGGUAUCUCCGCUGAGACAACUCUCGAGAUCGAAUACGUCCGGGCUUUGAUUCCUCCUCUGCACAUCGCUUCUUUCCAACACGACGACUGGGUUGGUGCCACGGAUGUGCUUUCCAAGACCUCGCCUGCUGCAUCAUGGGCCUCAGGUGCCACUUUCACCCCGGGUCAAGAGCGAAUCCUGUCCGGAAGUUAUGAUGGCUUGCUUCGCAUCUGGAAUAUGUCUUCUGAAACCAUCGCGACAUCUCCAGCCGCUGCCGACGGAGGUCACACUGCCUCUAUCAGAGCAGCCAAGUUCGUUUCUCCGAACCAGAUCGCAUCCGCAGGUCUCGAUCGCACCGUACGACUAUGGAAGUAUACCGAGGAAGAAGGCGGUUUUGCUGGAAAGAUCUCCCCCCAAUUGGAGUUGUACGGCCACAAGUCUGGAAUCGAGUCACUGGCUGUCCACGCCAAGUCUAACCGUCUGUUGACUGGUUCUUCAGACCACAAUGUUGGUUUCUGGUCAACCAAGAAGGCCGACGGCACACCUGCCCCCGAGAACUUGCUUCCAUCUAGCAACGCCCGCAACACUAAGCGUCGCAAGCUGAACACAUCUGUCACCACCCCCCAGCGCGGCCCCUUGUCCCUGAUGUCGGGCCACACCGCGCCCGUCUCUGCUGCUAUCUUUGAUGGAAAGGACGCCACUGUCGGUUACUCUGCGUCUUGGGAUCACUCCGUGCGAACCUGGGAUCUGGUCACGGGUUCUCUUGUCGACACUCGCACUACAUCACACUCGCUUCUUUCCCUCGAGCACCUCCCCGAACUUAGCCUUUUGGCUGCCGGUACUGCCGCCCGCCACAUCACUCUGAUUGACCCCCGUGCGUCUGCCACCACUGUGGCUGCCAUGACCCUUCGAGGCCACACCAAUGCUGUUGUGAGCCUGGCUCGUGACCCGCACAGCACAUACGGUCUGAUUAGCGGUAGCCACGACGGCACAUGUCGCAUUUGGGACAUUCGGUCCACCAAGACUGACAAGGAAGGUGUUGUUGGUGAGAGCGUGUAUUCGAUCACCCGCAAGAGUCUCGAGGAGGAGGGCAAGUCCGACAGCAAGCGCGUUGGCGGUGAAGGUGUCAAGGUCUUCAGCGUAUGCUGGGACAAGACUGUUGGCAUUGUCAGCGCGGGUGAGGAUAAGCGGAUUCAAAUCAACCGCGGCGAAGGCGUUCUGUCUUCAAAGGAAUGA